UUUUUUUAUUCUUGUCAAAAUGAUGUUUGAUUAAUGUUUUGAUUAUUUUUUCAAAUUAAAACUCUGUAAAUAAAUGGGAAAACGAAAUGUUCAUUCUUCAAAAUCUUAUCUCAUGAGGAUUAAUUAUUACAAUGAAACUAUUGAAAUAAAGGAUGUCAAGGAUAAAUAAUAAAGGAAAUGAAUGAUGGUACCUAAAAUGAAGAAACCAAGAAUAUUAGUUGGUGCCACCAGUAUUGUGGUUUUUAUUAUUAUAUGGAAAUUAUAUAGCAUAGAAUCAGUGUCAGGAGUUGAAGAGUUGAAAGAAGAAUUAGAAUACCAAGAAAACAUUAAUCGUUUUCCUUUAAGUUUGGAAAGGAAUAUUAAUCCAGUUACCAUUUAUUGUGUCACUCCAACAUAUUGGAGAUAUGUACAAAAGGCAGAUCUGAUUCAGGUUCUCCAAACAUUAACUCUAGCAUCAUUCAAGGUGAACAUUAAAUGGAUACUGAUUGAAGAUUCCGAAGAAAAGACUGCUUUGGUAACUAAUUUAUUGAGAAGAAUAGAUGAUGCUGGUGAUUCGCGUUUUGGAUAUGUACAUCUCAACGCUAAAACACCACAAUUCCAAACACUAAAGGCAAAAGAUCCUAGAUGGAAAAAACACAGGGGUGUAGAACAAAGAAAUGCUGCUCUGAAAUGGAUCAGGGAACACAUAAAGCCACAUGGAUCAAAAAAAGUAAUAUUCUUUAUGGACGAUGAUAAUACUUACGAUGUGAAGAUAUUUGAGGAAAUUAUGAAGGUGCACAAAGUGGGAGUUUGGCCAGUAGGUUUAGUUGGUGGAUUGAAUCUAGAAACGCCUCUCUUGGACCCUGAGACAGGUAGAGUAACAAGUUACAAAAGUGGUUGGAAGCCAGAUAGACCUUUUGCCAUAGAUAUGGCAGGUUUCGGAAUAAAUAUUGAUUUGAUUUUGGAAAAACCCGAAGCAGUGUUUUCCUAUCGGAUGGAACGAGGGUAUCAAGAAAGUCAAUUUUUAGCUUAUUUCACUACAAAAGAAGACCUUGAACCUUUGGCAGACAACUGUACAAAAGUUUAUGUGUGGCAUACUAGAACGGAGAAGCCUAAUGUCAAAGGCACUGUACCUGGAUUUGAAGUGUGAUACCUUAAAAUUACAUGAAAAAUGAUUUAAUUCUCAAGUAUUAGCUUACCAUAUUAUCUUCGAAUGUUUCCUGUGAUAGAUUAUCGGUCAAGAAGUUUUUGAUAAUGCUUUCACAUUGAUUUAAUACUCUUAUUUGAAUUUAAGAACGAUUUUAUAUUAUUUAUUUCAUUACCAUAAUUAAACAGUGUACUUUGUAGACGUUGAAAUACAAGUAAUAAAAGGGAAGAAUUGUGGGAUAUAA